GCAGCCACUCCCCCGCCUGCGGAGACAUGCCUCCCGGUGCCCCGCCGACAUGAAGUGGAUCGAGACUGCUAAACAUUGCUGCCGUCAGUGUCCCGCAGGUGAGCGCUGCCCAGUCAGUGUGGCAUGGCACAGCACACCAUGGCACAGCAAGUGUAUUGCUCCAGGUGGCCGUGCUCCCUGUCACCCCACUGUCCCUGCAGGGACUUUCCUGUAUAAGCCCUGCACAAGCCCUGAGAAUAGCAGCGACUGCCGUACCUGUCCCGCCGGCACCUUCCGCACUCAGCCCAACAUCUUCAGGGAGUGCCAGGCUUGCUACGAGUGUGACCAACACGCUUUCCAGAGUGUGCUGAGCAACUGCUCGGCCACCAGCAACAUCGUCUGUGGCUGUGAGCCCGGCUACUUCCGUGCCUGCUUUGAUGGCCACUGCAACGAAUUCUCUUGCAAAAAGUGCCAGCUCUGCACCGGACGCCUCAUCCAGCGACCCUGCUCGGAUACGCAGGACACACUUUGUGACAGCAGCUGCAAACCUGACUUCUACAGAGAGGGUGACGAGUGCCGGCCAUGCCCCAAGAGCACAUUGGACACGUGUGGCAAAGAAUGCCAGCAAGUGUGCAGCAGCAACAACAACCAAGGCUCAGGUCUGGAGUACAUCCUGCUGGGACUCACUGGACCUCUCUUCUUGGGUGCCCUUGCCAUCUACCACAAGAGGAAGAGGCUCUGGCAUGGUGCCCUGUCAGGUGGUCCCCUCCCCACGGCACAGGCCACCACCUCAAUGGCCGGGGCUGCAACCACACCGUGGUGCCAGUUCAAUGGCCAGAGGUGGGACAACAUGUGCUGGACGCAGCCAUGCUCCCCACAGGGGACAGAGCGUGCCACUGGCACAGCAAAGCAGAGCCUCAACCACCAGGCCUUGCUGCCUGAACAGCCCAGUGAUGAAGGGGAGCCCUCUGCACCCCCAGAGCCCCGCAGUGUCCUGCUGCAGGGCAGCCAGCUCUAUGCCGUCAUCGAUGUGGUGCCAGUACGGCGUUGGAAGGAGUUCAUGAGGAUGCUGGAACUGCGGGAGGCAGAGAUUGAGCUGGUAGAGCUGGAGGUGGCGCACAUCCGCGACCAGCAGUACGAGAUGCUGAAGCGCUGGUGCCAGCAGACCAGUGCCACACUGGACCACGUCUUUGCUGCCCUGGAGCGCAUGGAGCUGGCCGGCUGUGCUGAGGCACUGCGCCAGAGUCUGCCUGCGGGACCCUAAUCUCCAGCGUCAGCACCCUGGCACAGGGAGGUCCCAACGCUUCCACAUCUCACUGGGCACCUCAUCCCAGCCAUACCCCUAAGUAUUGUUACUUAUGCCGUGUAGACAUUUUAUGUCAGUUUUAUGUCCCCUUCCCAUCUGCCUGUCCUCUCUAUUUAUGUCCCCCUGCUCCUAGGGCCGGGGAGGACCCCAUGCCUCAGCACG